CGCGCAUCCGAGGUCAACACAGCGCUGUGACCUGCUGCGCUGUACGUCACUGCCGACUUGGUGCAGGUUGGAAACUGGAACAGCUCGCUGGAGGCUACGCUCCAGCCCGAGGGCUACGGUACCGAAUGCGACCGAGAAUGAAUCCUGAUGUUCCCUGCGCGCGAGGAGGAUGGAGCGGCGAAUUCUACGACGACGACUGAGACGGCUAGCAUCUACACUGCGCCAAAGACGCUGGACAGCCAUCGCGUUGCGACAAUAGCUCGUGCGCCGUUCUCGGACCGACUGCUGCCGAACGUGAGCAUCUUCGUCGGUAAUCCGGUGGCCGAGGCGAACCGGAGCAAUGUCGGUGUGUUCGACUGCGCCGCGUAUUACGGGCCCGCCGCCUGGAGUUGGCAGUCGGGCCUCAUGUCGCUCGGGGCUGACGCGCGUGCUGCGCGCUCCUGCGCCGGCGCGGCGAGCACGACCCUGCUGUUGCGCGGGCUGCAGACACCCGCGCGGUGCGCGAAUGCGACGCUCGUUAAUGCGCUGCGCACGUCAACCUCGCGAAGGCCAUCGCGGGCAACGCCAAUGUCAUCUUCGAGGUGUGGAGGAACCCGUUCUCCCCAAGCAGGGCAGGUUCGCCGUCACUCCGCGCUCAGCGACGCGGUCGAGCUGUAGGGCAGUAGUGCGCUCAACGGCAUCACGAUGGGCGUCCACGAUACGUUGCCUGCGUCAUCUUUGGUGUGACGUGAAAUGCAUGCACGGAUCAUACAAAAAAUGGGGUUGCCUCUACACCCUCCAGACAGGAAAGCGAGUCGCUGCUCUGCUCUGAUGGAAUAGUUUCUUGUAAUGCAAGUUUACUAUUGUGGACAAUGCAUCUGGGCCGAC